GUCUCGACCCGGAGCGGCCCCUUGCCGGGAGUCCGCCUGCCCACCGCAGGGCUGGAGCCUCGGCUCGAUCCACCCGGGGCUGCUGCUCCCGGUCCCGGCGGCGGAGCCCUCCUCAGGGAGGCGGCCGGCGGGGUCCGCGGGGAAGCAGCCCCCGGUCCGAUGGUGCUGCCGGCCUGGGAAAUGUGUCUCUACGGGCUCCUGGCCGUGGGCUCCCACCUCUACGCCUUCUACGAAGCGCACCAAGUGUCUCAAAAGUAUGAAGCUGUGAUGGACAGAAGGUUUGGGCUGGAACCAGGGACUCUCUUUCGGGGCCUCAAAAAGGACCCCAUGGACUUUGAGUGGAGCUACUGGAUCGAAUGGGGAAGGGAACGUAUACUAUGGCUUCUGGCUGGUCACCUCCUGGUAUCACAAGUGUCCAGGCUCUUGGUGGAGAAGUAUAAACCAUGGUGCUUGAUGGUUUAUGGAAUGGCUGCCUGCUGGUUAUUACUGGGAAUCAAGGGCUUUGCUGUCAUUUUGUUACAUGCAACAAUUUCAUUUGCUGUGGCUCAGUUCCAGCUGUCACUCCUGACAUGGUUGUGUUCCCUUAUCCUGCUAUCUACUUUGCGCAUACCAGCUGUGGAAGAAGCCAAGAGAAAGUGGUACGACACUGAAAAUGAGUAUUAUCUGCUGCUCUUCACUGUGUCUGUCCGCUGCCUCUUCUGCACCAGCUUCAGCCUGGAAUACUGCUGGCAUGGACCUUCCCAGAAAUCAUCCCACUCAUUCCUGUGGAUGCUGGCAUAUGUGUUUUAUUAUCCCACAUUCCACAAUGGGCCCCUUAUGAACUUUGAUGAAUUCAGUAAGCAGAUGAGGAGAAAAGAAGCCUUCAGUUUGAAGACCAAUCUCAGCGUCUUAAUCUUGGGCAUAAUUCGUAUUUUCUUUUGGUGGUGCCUGGCUGAGCUGAUGAUUCACCUCAUGUAUAUCCAUGCUCUCUACAGCAGUGCUCCACCUUUGGAAGCUGCAUCAUACUGGGCCUUGGGUGGCCUGGCUUUAGCUCAAGUACUAUUUUUUUAUGUGAAGUACCUGGUUCUGUAUGGUGUUCCUGCCCUCCUCCUUCAAAUGGAUGGACUCAAACCUCCAGCUCUGCCUUGCUGUGUGAGCCUGAUGCACAGUUUCACUAAAAUGUGGAGAAGCUUUGACGUUGGACUGCAUCGCUUUCUGGUCAGGUACAUUUAUGUUCCAAUGGGAGGAUCUCAGUCCAGUCUGCUGGGAACACUCUUUUCCACAGCCCUUACUUUUGCUUUUGUAAGCUAUUGGCACGGAGGACAGAGUUAUCUGUGGUACUGGGGUGCCCUUAAUUGGCUUGGAGUGAUUGUGGAAAAUGGUGUCAAGAGGAUACUUUCUAUUUCACUUAUUCAAGAUUUAAUUGAGAGUUUCUUCUCGCCCAGAAUUCGUCGUCGACUUCAUGCUGUCCUAGCAUCUGUUAGCACUUCAAUGUUGAUUUUAUCAAAUCUAAUAUUUCUUGGAGGAAAUCACGUUGGAAAAAUCUACUGGAACAGGAUCUUUAUGGAAGGCUGGCCAUGGGCGACACUGACUGUUCUUGGGUUCCUGUACUGCUAUUCUCACGUUGGAAUUGAAUGGGAGCAAACGUACGCGGUGAAUUAGGAACGACGCAGAACAAUGAUUUUUAAAACAGGUUGAUGGCUUUUCUACACAAGAUAUUCUAUCUGCAGAAGAAUGUGCCAGACCCAAGUAUUUGGUUAAUGUGUUAAAACCAAAAGCUCGUGUAAUUGAUUCUGGAUUGUGAAGGCAGGAAUUGAACCAGAAACACUGAUGGGCUACGGCUGGGGAGAAGUGAUGAAGCAUUUUGAAUUAUGUUAUUUUUAUAAAACAGUAUCUCUGUAACCCUAUGUAUACUGGAAGUCUGCAUCUCAGAAUGCAUAUUUUAUAUAUGUUGAAGAUUGUAUUUGUUUUUUCCAAUGUUUCACUGCCUAUUUUGACGUAUUGAAGAAAGAAUUUUUUCCUACCUUGCACAAUUCAAAAAACCCAAUCUCUGUCAGCUUCUGUGCAGGGGCACACAGGGCUGUGCCCUGUACUUACAUUCCUCAAGGAAGGGCAGGAUGCUCAUCAGUUCUUCUUGAUUGCUUUCUGAUAUAAGUUAGAACAUUUUUUGCUAUUCCAAGUGACAGCAGUAGUUCGGCCUUAAGCUACCUCUUUACUUACUGUAGCAAAGUCUGCUUUUUACUUUUAAUUUCUUUAUUUAAAAUUUUGACUUUAAAACACCACCCUUUUUUGGUAGUCUUAGGAAUUGUUGUGUUUGUUUCUUUAAAAAGAGGGUGUAGGGAAGCAGGUAUUUUCUUAAGGAACAGCUUGUCUUUUUAAUCAAAUAUGACCUUACAGCUCCUUGGGCUUUAAGUGCUCUCUGCCUUGUGUUAGAGCUAAAGCAUAUAAUAUUACCUUUAUUAUGGGGUGAAUCCCACCUUCAAGGGAACUGGUCAGUCAUCCUCUUGUAUUUUUCUGUUAUGAAAGGAGAUAACCCAGGUCUGGCUGAAUGGUAAAUCCGUUCAGUCCACUUCGUUCUCUGGUCUCCAGGCAAUCAACUCCUGCAAUAUUAAAGGAGUAGUGUUUUAAGAACUUUAAAAAAACCCAAAAAAUUCCAACACAAUGGUCAAACAGAGUGGUACCAAAUUAGCCAGAGCUCUGUGUCCUUUGCCCGCAGCCAGACCUGUUACAGCAGCACCUUUGCUAAAAGACAAACCUCUGGUGUUGUCCAGAGCUGGGAAGGCCGUGCCUGCAGGCGUUGGGCUGCGGCAGUGCCUCAGCACACGGUGAUUUUCUGAGGGAAGGGGAGCCCCUACUCAUGUCUGGCACAAGGGGUGUCUCCCAGGAUGGUCUUUCUUAAACUAAUACUGAAGAGCAGCCAGAAGUCCUUUAGUCUUUGUAAAGUUAGACGUUCCCCCUGGGCCUGGCAAAAGGCCACCAGUCCUGGAGAGGGAUUCUUCCAAGAGCAACUUCUUGCACCUGAAGCAGAAGGACUUCUAUCAAAACCUGUUCUGUGCUCCCCCCACCACCAGCCAUUUGGGCCUGUUUGGAGGUACAGUUAGUGUCCUACUGUCCAUCAUUCCUGCACCUUCAGCCAAGUCUGAUCAACCUCGUCCCUUGAAAAAGAAAUUCAGUCCCCGAGAGAGGCUUCAGGUUAGCGCCUACAUUUCUGAUGUCUCUGCUGCUCGGAACUAUGGCAGCCUUCUUUUUCCCCUUCAUAUAAUAAGGGCAGAGGCUUCAGCUCUCUACCCCUCUGGAGGCUAAACCCAUCUCUUGCUGUUUCAAAGCAGAAUCUCCAGCUUUUUAUGUUUAGGGAAAGUUUUUUUCCACCAUGAGAAUGCAGUGAUUUCCCCUGGAAGUAAUUUCUAGGAGAUACCGUGGACUGUUGAAAAUAACACUUACCUUGAAUGCUGCCUGGCCAGAGACAUGUCCCUCCUGACUGACUUAUGAUGAUUGCAGAGAUCCUCUCAGCUGCAAAGAAGUAUAUUGCUCUCAGCCUCUGAAUUUACUAAAAGCAUGUCAGGUUGGCCUCCAUUUUGGAGUAGAACUGAGCUAAGAACAAGAACUUCCUCAGACUUAACUCAAAUUUUGUAAUUAAGCGGAAUUAGAAUUAGAGUGAAAAGUCAUGAGUCUGUUCUUCAGUCUUAUUGAUUACUGUUAUUACAUGAAACAAGGGGCUGCUAAGUGAUUAGAUUCCAAUUUGUAUGCGUGCAAAACUUCCUGUUCUAAUAUUAGAGUGACCUUGAAGGUCAUCUACAGUAUGCUUAUUUCUAAACUAAAAUUGUUUUAUAUUUUUUUUCAGUGCUUUAUGUAUUUUUCAUAAUUUUGUAACCAUUUCUGUUUCUAAAAAUAAAGCUCAAACGGACAGUUGGCUUGA